AUGUAUAACAGAAAAGGUUCAGCAGAGUCGGAAAUGUCUGCUAGCAGUGCGAAGAAAUUCAUCAAGAAACCAGCAACAUUACACUUGAUCAGUGUCACCCAGGUUCCAGAGAAUACCAAUUGCCUGGCGUGCUCAGAUGAUGGAGCAUACCUUAGCCUGGGUCACUCCAGAGGCCUCUCGGUGUGGUCUGCGAGUAGUCUGGACUGUGAGGCUGAGUGGCUGCAGGACAGGAUAGAGAUUACUUCCAUUCACAUGACCCGCAUCAGUGAGACUGGCUAUCUACUGGGCACGAUUGAUGAGAUGGGUGUUGCCAGAGUCUUUGUGUACAACUUAGAAAGCCUUUAUUGUUUCAGUGUUAUCAACAUGGUGGAUGAUGUUAGCAAGAGGAGCGUUUGCUUGUACUUUGAAUUAUGUAAAGGAGGUGAACAUGGAGCUAUAAUAAUGAGGUUCAACAGUGAAAUCACGCUUGAAAUCUAUUACUUUCCCGCACAAGACUGGCUGAGAGAGUUAAAGGAUCCAAAAAUUUCUUCAAACAUGAAAUGGUCUGCUAUUGUUCGGGUGAAUCGAGUUAAUCCAUCAACAGGUUCAAUCACGACAACUCUCCCCAAUAUAUUGUCUAACUUUUUAGUUUUGGAUGACACAAGUGAGCCACCCAGACACUGCACUCCACAUUUUCUUAAGCGCUGUGGUCAAUCUUGCGGAAAGAUUAAAGCAAAGCCAGGAUCACCUGUUUCCGUCUGUUUUUGGUGGACCGGAAGUCACAAUCUACUUUACCUGUUGUUGUCCAAAACAGCAAAGGCCAAACAAGAUCCAGAACCAACACCGUUGAUACUGUGGCCCAACGCAUCUGAAAUUCUGUGCUCUGCUGUCAGUACGUGCACUCGUUUCAUUGCAGUCGGCCUCAGCAACGGGCUGUUGUGUGUUUGGGACAGGCUAUCUAGCUCGCCAUUGCCAGUCUCUGGAGUAUCAACAGACAGCGCCUUCGUCAGACUGCACUUUGUUGAUUAUUGGCCUGCGUGUGACGAUAACAGCCAGUUGUUAACCGCAGGUGACGUCCACCUUGUGACGCUUUGUGAGAGCGGCGCCAUUCACGUCGUAAGCACGGGGCGAGGAGUGGCAACCGACACAGAGCAGCUCUCGCCAAGGCCAAAAGACAGCAGUGACCUCCCGACUGUUAUUACGUCAGUGCCAUUCCUCCAGGGCUUGUCUUUGGUGGUGUGUCGCAACGGGAACAUGUUCCUGCAAGAUGUCGUUAACAAAGCCACGGUGUGCGUCUUGUACCUUCCGGCUCAUCAUGUGCUGGCGACCCCCUGCAAUCCCAUCUAUGCUCUGAAUGUCAAACAGCGUAUUCUCUUCAUAUGUGCUGACCAGGAGCCCUUGCCUGGCACUUCGUUCCUAGAUGACGAAGAGAGUCAGACACGACUUCUAAUUCUUCGUUUUGAGGAGCAUGACACCAUGAAGCCAUAUGUGUUUUCCCACCCAGAAUCUCCAUGGCAACAAAAGCCAGGUGUUACUGGAGAAGAAGCCUGCAAUCUGUAUUUUCAGCAAAGAGCCCUAUCAAUGGAUGAAAGACACAAAGCAAUAACGCAGACAUGGAAGCGACUGAGGUGUGCCACCACCAUGUAA